CUGCAGCCUUUCUCGGCCCUGAUUGCCACUUUGAACCCUUACUUGAUGACCUAAUUGGCGGGCAGGGCAGUGAUGGCACAGCUUUCCCUUUAUCUUCUCUUUCUCUAUUAGGCCAGAAGUUUAAAACAGAGUAGAUGUGAGCAGAAGUAGGAACGCCACCUCUUCCACCGUCUCAUCCCCACAGUGCACUUUUCCCUCCCCACCCCACCUCACCCACCAGCACCCUCCACCACCAUCUCACCUCAGUUCUUGUCCUUCUACCUUCACCUGCUACUUUUCCAGGGCUUCGUUCGUUGUGGAUCUGGCACUUCCCACCUUCACCCGGGCACAAAGCUCCCAGCAGUCCGCCGCGAACCGCAGGAGACAUCCAGACGCACUUUUUUUGGACUUCAGCGGGAAGCAGGAAAGUUUGUCUUGCUCUUUUUUUUCUUGGCUGUCUCGGGUUUUACCUUCACGAUGAGUGUCAAGUCUGACUCGGAGCCAAAUAACAACGUCUCCCUUGAAGAGGAGGUACGGACCCUGUUUGUCAGUGGCCUGCCAACAGAUAUUAAGCCCCGGGAGCUGUAUCUGUUGUUUAGACCGUUUAAGGGUUAUGAAGGUUCACUGAUUAAGUUAACAUCAAAGCAGCCGGUUGGUUUUGUGACCUUUGACAGUCGGUCUGGCGCUGAAGCAGCGAAAAAUGCAUUAAACGGGGUUCGAUUUGACCCUGAAAACCCGCAGACCCUCCGGUUAGAGUUUGCUAAAGCCAACACGAAGAUGGCAAAGAGUAAGCUGAUGGGCACUCCGAACCCCACAAAUAUCCACCCAGCUCUAGGAGCACACUUCAUAGCACGGGACCCAUAUGACCUGACGGGGGCAGCACUGAUCCCUGCAUCUCCAGAGACCUGGUCUCCAUACCCCCUCUACAUGGCAGAGCUGAGCCCCAGUCUGCCCCACACUGCCUUCACCUACCCUGCAGCAGCGGCUGCCGCGGCUGCUCUCCACGCUCAGAUGCGUUGGUAUCCACCUACUUCUGAGUCAUCCCAGCCUGGAUGGAAAUCGAGGCAGUUCUGUUAAAUAUAGUAUAUGAAAGAUGCUGUUCACUUCAAACUGACUGAACCCAUUGUUGCCCAUACUUAAUCUGGUCCAGCUCAUUUUGGAGUUUGCAGUGUGGGUCUAUCUGCUCUUUUUGGAAUUCAUUUAAGGCUGAUGCUGAACUGAACAGGGCUGAAUACAUCUUGCCAACUAUGUGCUAAACUGGCUCAGAUGGUACAGCCAUAGUAGCACUUGCAUUAUUAGAGUUCCUUCAUGGAAUAUUUUUGGAAUGAGAAAUUAAUAGCAAAGGUUGAAAUUGUGAGGCUGCUUCUUUUCAUUCAGAUUUUGCUCUGAGUUUACAGGGUCUGAGCCAAUCAGCUGACACAUCAAGCAUGUUAUAUAUAUUUUGGCAUGAACUAGAUAAGUAAUAGAUUCUGUGCACCCUUGUAAUGUGUUCCUCCUUGACUGGGUGUAAUAAUCCUUCAUUAUUUGUGUUUGGUAGCUUGGUCUUUUGUGUUAGAUGUGAAGUAGUGGCUGACAUUGUUUUGAGGCAUUAGGUGACUGACACCUUGUGCAAGCUUUCUUUUUUCUUUUUCUUUUUUUUUCUUUCUUUUUUUUCCCUUCCCCGUUCGUCGCGCCCUCCCAAGUCAACGUCUGAAGCAUGAGCUAUGGUUUAAAUGUGCCAUCUUGGUUAAGUGUGUAAAUGUGUUCCUGUGCGACAGCUUGGCCUUGCCAAUGCACAAGACAAUCAAUGUAGUAAAAAGUAGGCCAUAUGGGGAGACAUGUAUUUGUGCAAUUAAAUAAAUAAUCUGUAUAAGUUAUUAACUUUGAUAUUUACUGAUUUUGAUUCCGCAUCCUGUAUUGCAGAUGAACUGGUGUCUUUUGUU